AUGAAUCCUAUUAGUGGCUGUUUAUUUUACCAAUACAAUAACUCCUCUCGAUAUCGGGGCAAUCGAACUCCAGAUCCUUUUCGCCAUUGUGAAGGUACAUACCGAGUUAUAAGUCCAGAUCCUGCAAGUAGCUUUUAUUUACCUGAAAGAGAACGCUUCGCGACAAGCUUUGCAGAAAUUGAUAGAAAAAGGAGAGAAGAAGAAAUACAUCGCAAAAAUUAUUCUGAUUAUAAAAGAAGAGAAUUUAAGGCAAAUAAAGAAAUUUUCAGAUGACAAAAUAUUUUUGACAACGAAUUAACGCAAAGCAUGAAGUUAGAAAAAAGGAGAAAUGAAUUAAAUCAAGGCCAAAAAAAUAACUUAAAUGAUUCGUACAAUCCAAUAACAUCUGAGUAUUAUAAUACUCAGCAAGGGAUGAAGUUAAAGUGCCUUGAUGAAAAGAAAAGAACCAACUAUAAUAUUAGAUUGAAGCAUAUUGAUUCAAAAAUGAACUCUCCAUAUAAUGUAAUUAAUGGCAUCCCAAGAAUAUCAAUUAAAGAACAAUAA